CCCCGGUCCUCUCCGGUCUUCCCUGGUCGGGCGGCGGUCGAGGGUGGCGAAAUCCCGAGGGGAGCGCAGCUGCCGCCGCCGGUUCCCCAUCCCGGGUACACCGCGGACAGAGCGCAUCCAGCUUCGGCGGAGCGGAGCGGGUUUGCCAGCUCGGAACCUUGCCCGGUUCCUGCUGCCGGUUCUCGGUGCCCCCUUCCCGGCCUCGGAUCCCGGUACCGGCCCCGUUAUGCCCGCCGCCUACCCGCAGCGAGCCCUGACGGUGCUCCUGCUCUUCGGGACUCUGGCCGCUGCCAUGGCCCUGCUCGCUUCCAGCCUCAUCUUCCAGCUGCCGUCGGGAAGGGCUGGAACAGGUUCCGGUGCUGCUCCCGGUACGGGGAAAGGAGCUUUACCGGAGCCUGCUGCCGCCGUGCUGCUGUCGGUGUCGGCCGUGCUGGCCGCGCUCUGCCUGGUACUCAACGUCAGCUGCCUCCUGCUCUGCCUCCUCCACGGCUACUUCAGCACCGAGCUGUGCCGCGGGCAGCCCGGGCUCGACCGGGCAGAUUGGUUCCUCCUGAACAGCAGAACCGUUCGCCACACUGCCAUCGGCCUCUUCUGCUGCGGGGUCUCAGUCUACCUGACAGCUCUUGCCAUCUACAUGCUGCUGCUGUUCGAGCUGGAGGCUGGCAUUGCCAGCGCCUGCAUCCUCUGCUCUGGCAUCAUCGUGCUGCUGAUCUCGGUCACCCACGCCCUGCUCCGAGCUUCCCGAGCCUCUCGCCGCGGCCGCUCCGACCUCUCCCACACCCUCUACGAGAACGACUCUGCCCAGCACGGAGAAUCCUCCAGCAGCGACCUGAACAACAAGAACGUUGCUUCACCCCGCCCCCGGCCUGAAAUCCACCGGGAAUUCUCCUUCCCUCCUUUCCUGGAGCGCAAAUCCCAGCUGGGUUCCGCUGCCAGCAGCAACCUCACUUCUUCGGGAGAGCUUCGCUCCGAGAGCUGCAACCCACCCAGGACGCACAGGACACUGGCAGCAGAGCCUGGGCUGCUGCAAGCACAGGGCAAGCCCUGGAAUGGAGUCACUCAGGAGAUGAGGAAUGUCCUGGCCAGGAAGCCUGGAGCUUCGGGCAAGGACUCCACGCUGGUCUGAGUGGGUCUUGUGCCACCUCAGCUCACCCCAGGGCAGCUGUGGGCACCACCAGCCCGGGGCAAGCUUUGCAUCUCUGCUCAGAGGUUAAAUCAGGUCCCCUCCCGACUCGGAGCAAGGAGGUGGGGGGCUGAGUUCCCACCCUCUGGGGGCUGUGCAGCUCCUGCUCCGUGUUCUUUGCUGCCUUUGCUGAGGGGACCUCCCUGGCACUCCAAGCCAGAAGCCCCCAGACCCUCCUGCCACUGCCCACAUUGGCAGGGCAGCAGCUGGCAGCGACUCAAGCAGGACCCUCCAAGCUCACUCAGCUCUGGCCAGGGAAGUGGAACAUGUGGGUGAGAAGCAGCAUGGACCUCGUGCAGAAGCAGACUCUGCCCUCCCUCCCCAGCAGGUGCCAGCUGGCAGCACAUCUUUGCCUCUCCUCUGCCUCCUUUCUUCCUCCUCCCCCCACCCUCAGGAGCCUGCCCAGCACCCAGGUGGCCUCCUUCAGCCAACCCCAGCAGGCAGCCAGGUGGGUGACUGAAAAACGAAGGAGCAGAGAGUGAGGUGGAGCCAGAGGAGUCUGCAAGCUGCAGAGGGUGGGGUUGGGGUGGCACAGAGCCUGCUGCUUGGCCACCAGGACACCCAGCCCCCAGCAGCUCACCAGGCAGGCAAAGGGCUGUGCCAGAGCAGCUCUGGUGCCCUGCUUUGCUCAGAGGUGGAGGAACCUCUCUGGGCCCAGAAUCCUGGAGUCCCAGCAGGGCAGGGGGAGUGAGAAAGGACCUUGAGAGCUCACCCAGCCCAACCUCCCUGCUCCAGCAGGGCACCCACAGCAGCUUGCCCAGGAGCACAAUGCCCAGGGGGGUUUGGAAGCUCUGCAGAGAAGGAGACUCCACAACCUCUCUGGGUAGCCUGCUGCAGGCCUCCAGCACCCUCACACCAAACAAGUUUCUCCUCCUGCUCAGCUGGCACCUCCUGGUUUCCAGUCUGUGCCCCUUGCCCUGUCCCUGGGCACCAGUGAGCAGAGUCUGGCCCCAGCCUUUUACUCCUCACAGACUGGCUGAUGGCAGCACCAGGCUGGGUUCUCCCCCACUUCCUCAUCCCCCAGCAACCAGUCAAACACUUCAGGUUGUGCAGGGGGAGGCUCCCUCAGCUCCUGUGCUGCAAUCCUGACAGAUCCCUCUUACCCCAAACACAGCCCCAGCUCCUCUGGCAACAGCCUGGCACUGCUUUGAACCCUGCAGCCUUGGCAAACGCUUCAGCAGAACAGAACUGGUGGUUCCAGGAGGGUUGGAGAUGUCUCAUCUCUCUUUCCAGUGCCCUCCAAGUACAGCUCUGCCUCUCACUGCUUGACAAGGGAUGAAAAAAGGCCUUUUUUUUGGUGGUGUUCUGCUUCUUUUCCCCCCUCCCCCUCUCUUGAAAGGCUCUGCCCAGCUUUGUUUUGCUCUGUGCCCAGCUUUGUUUU